AUGCCCUCCGCAAGCGCAGACACAGCCUCCAUCUCUCCCAACGAGCAGCCUGGCCGUCCUCCCGGUACCUCCACCAUGAAUGCCAACUCCAGCGUCAUCCACCCCGGGCAGCCAGACAACGCCAACUUCCACUCUCGCCGCUCCUCCCAGUCCACCGUCGAAGACUACUCGCGCGUCAUGCUCGAGUACACCCAGCGCCGCAUGGCCGGGUUCGCGGAAGUCCCUGGCGCCGACAACGACCGGGGCUCCUCCACCAGCCACAGCAGCAGAAGUAGUAACACCAGCGGCCAGAGCGGCACUUCGACGAGUGGCAUCCUAGCGGGACAGGCUGCCGGCCCUCCGCCUGCGAACCCCAAGAUCCGCCACGCAGAGUACGACGACGAUGCCGCUGUGGACGGAGUAUAG